CUUGAUAGACGCCUCCCGGGGACUCUCUCACGUAAUAUCGGAUUUAAGAUAUUUUAUUUAAACAGCUACUUAAAUAAUAACUCAUAGCUAAAGUGGCUUGCCAAAAUAAUUAGUCAAAGAACUAGUAUCAAGCCAUGUUGAUAAAUUAUACUAGUCACAAUGAUGACGACGAAAUAUUGCAUUCGCUCGGUGACGACAAUUCAGCAUUUCGAGUAACUGUGCAAUUAGAGCGAUAUUUUAAAGAUUCUCGCUCCCGUUGUUACAUCAUGAUCGGAAGGAGAGGUCAAGUGAGCUACCUGGAGCACCGGAUAAAAACGAUCUUCAAUUUGCCCGGCAGUUUUUGUCUGCGCACCAAUGGAUACUUGUUGCCUUCGCACGAGCCGAUCUCCGUGAUCGUUCCUGGAGAUGUCGUAGAAGUUGUACCCCUCGAAGGAACACAAGAGAUAUCCUCUCCAUCUCCUCCAGCCGUAAAUGUCAGUAACAGACAAACAGAACGUAUUCAUAGUGCUCGAGUACCAAACGAAGCGCCACACCGGGCGAAUUCUCGUACGACAGUCGAUGACGAACUAGAUGAUCCGUAUUGGCUUCAACUAUUGAUGCGCCGAACUCUGGCGUUACUGAACGAAUAUCGCCACGCGCCCGCUGCGAUGAUCGAUGAUGCGGACUUGUGGGACAUGGUGCGCGCGGCUGGAGACGAGCCACCUCCGCGCCGAGCGCAUCAGGGUACGCCCGAGACGGAACCGCAAGAGGAGCCGGAAAGGGACCAGCCAUAAAUUACGUCAUAUCAUAAAGGGGGGGGGGCAGGGGGUCCACGAAGUGUGACAUUGUGUGACUAAGGGUGGGAGGCGAUGCAAUGUUUUGUGAAAUCUAAUUUCAAUGUAUAAUAGGUAUGCUGGAUUGAUGAUGAUUUUUUUGAAAAAUAAUCAAUGUAAAACGAAAUAAAAAUAAUGUUGAAA